CGCACUUUUUCAAAGCAAAGAACUUCCGGACAGACGAAAAAACAACAACAACAACAUAUUAAAAAAUGGCCGCUGCUAUGGACAUUGACGAAGAAGCUCAGGCCGGUGUUUCUGGAGAUAGAGCAGGAAAGAAACGAUUUGAAGUUAAAAAAUGGAAUGCUGUAGCCUUGUGGGCAUGGGACAUAGUGGUGGAUAACUGUGCCAUCUGCAGAAAUCAUAUUAUGGAUCUGUGUAUUGAGUGCCAAGCGAAUCAAGCUUCAGCAACAAGUGAAGAGUGCACCGUGGCUUGGGGUGUCUGUAAUCACGCAUUCCAUUUCCAUUGUAUAUCACGUUGGCUGAAGACACGUCAAGUGUGUCCCUUAGAUAAUAGGGAAUGGGAGUUUCAAAAGUAUGGUCACUAAGUUUUAUUGUGUGUGAGUGUGGAAGAAUAAACUUGUCUUUAGUAUUUUGUAGUAAAAAUUUAUCUGCAUAUGUUUUCAUACAAAUUUUUGCCAUUAUUAACACUUCGCAGGAGACUUUUCAAUGGAUGACAUUUCUUUUGGUGUUAAUAAAAAAUAAUUGUUAAGUAUUCUUAAAACAAAAAUAUUUUACUUGAUU